AUGCUACGUUGUGUGGUUCGAGGUAGUGCUGCGCGGCUACGCAGUCCCGUGUUCUGUCGGCGUUUGUUCCAAGGGGCGUGUGUGAGACAGAGGGGCCGCGGGGGCGGGGGAGUCGGAGGGCCCCCCCCAGAUUCGUGCCAUUUCUUCUCUAAUCCUGGAAACGGACCCCCCACAGAGGAUCUGACUAAAGCGAUCCAUGGGUUCCGGACGCAGCGGCGGCGUGCUAUGGUAUGGGCUGUGUCUCUGUCUCUCUUUGGGGCCCUCUUCGGGUACCAAAUUGGGUACAAAGUAAUGUACCUUGGCGGAGAGUCGUACAUCCCGUUGUUCCCCUGUCUAAGGAUCCAUGAGUUGAGCGAGUACGAGCGGUCACGUUUAAAUUUGGACCAACUGGCAAACCUUGUGGAGCAACGAGUUGUAGAACGGCUCUCCUCACACGAGUUCAUCCAGGAACAGUACGGUGUGCCCCUAAGGAUACGACCCUCUCUCCGUGAACAAAAGGUGGUCCCUGACCGCCUGCAUGUGUGGUGUGAGGACGAGGAUCCAGUCAUCUACGGUAUUUCGUUCCGUCGGGGUCCCACCGCCGAUGAGAGAUCUUCUUCAAACGCACCGGGGAUCACGUUACAUUGGCACAGAGUGCCCUUCCUUUUCGAAUGGAGGUUCAGUCACAAGUCUAUAGAUAUACGGUCUGCUGCGGUCAACUGUUUGGAGUCCCUUGGGAUCAAGUACGAUCGUUUGUUACAACCUGAGGCCGUUUACGGUGGCACUUUCCGGUACGAGCAUCCUCUUGGGGACCCACCCAGUCCCCUGGACCGUCCCAGCCACUCCAUGCAUGUGUGUUUCUACGGUGAGUUUAAAUUGGACAAUCGGUCGCUGGUAACCUACAAGGGCAAGUGGCACGUCGAUGUGAAGUUCGACGAGAUAUGCUUGUUACGUAACGAAAGUGACGAGCGGGUCCGGUACGUGCUGUACCGCGGGGGGAGAGACUGA